CAAGAGCAACACUAUCCACCCAAUGAUCACUAACCCCACUCAUACUCAGGAACCAUUACCCAGAACCCGACAAUCCGUCGGCCGCCUGCCUAGAUAACCGAUUUUGAACCUACAAAACCAGAAAUCUCGUCUGACCCGAUUGCCCGAUGCGGAUCUUCAUCCCCCUUUUGGGAAGAAACCGCUCUUUCUUUCUCCGUCAUGGCAGAGAUUUCACGAUCAGUCGGGCCUUUCCUCGAUGAUCAGUAACCUUCCCAUCCGGACCGCAGAAAAACGAAUUACGAGAGGCAUGACACGAUAAACGCGUUUUCUCAGGACGGCGUGAUAAGAAAGGGAGUGUCUGAAUGAGAAGUCUUUUGCACGCUGGCUUUACGACGGGUGUGUCCGCGCUAGGGGUAACGCCACAGGCAUAAUGACUUGUUCGCCCGAAUCCUCACUUUGUGGCUGAGGAGGUAGGGGUGCGCACGAGGACGGGAGAAGAUGGCCAGAUAAUGGUAUUAUGAUAUAUUCCUUUCUCCCAAAAUUUCUUUCCUUUUUCUAGCUCUUAUUCCCACGUACAAGUAUGCCGUUCCCGCCCACCUGAUGGGAGAAGGGAGGAAACAGCACUACGGGGAGCAAGGCUUCAACACCGAACCUCACUUUUCCCAAACACCCGCCAUUGAGCCUAGGAUAGGAAAAUCAUCACGAAGUGCAUCAAUCCCAACGAUGAUACAACCUUCAUUCCCCCCUUGUACUUCCACCACCUCUAUCCUCAGGACAGCAACAGCGACGACAGCCAUAUCUGGCGAAAACCCCGAGCAAGAAACAAGGGAGCCAGUAACCCUCCUCUCCCUUCCCAAUGAACUACUCGCAAUCAUUGUCUCCCGCCUCUCCGCCCCAGCCCUCGGUCGUCUCCUUCAAACCUGCAAACAAUUGCACUACCGCCUAACCCCGCACUUAAUGGAACGUGCGCGAGAGCCAUGGUCCGGCCUGCCGCCGAUCUUCCAAGCAACUGAGCGGGAGCACCGACCGCUAGUCAAACUCCUCCUCGCCCUCGGUGGUUCCCCCAACGCCGUGAGCAGUACGGGGUCUACGCCUCUACACCUCGCGAAAACCGCCGAGAUGGCCGAAAUACUACUAUCUGGGGGAGCGGAUAUAGCAAGGCGGAAUCGCCACGGUCUCACAGCACUGCAUUAUGCGAGCAGCGACGCGAAAUUACUAGAACUCCUCGCGAAGCAUGCGGGAAAGGAGGUCAUCAACAUGAAAGCGGAAGCGGGCGGUUAUACCGCUCUCCACUGCUCUGUCAGGAACGGUGCGCGCCCCGUGAGGGUAUUGCUUGCACAUGGUGCGGAUCCCAGGAUCAUGGACUCGUCCGGGCGAACGGCGUUGCACCUUGCCGCCGGGAUUGGGAGCAUGGACGCCAUCAGAGAGUUACUCGGUCAUGUGGACGUGGGUGUUCAGGAUCAUGGUGGGUGCACCGCGCUGCAUUGGGCCGCCACGUGGGAGAACUGGGAGGCUGUUAGGACACUGGUGGAGGAAGGGCGGUCGCCGUUGCAUUUGAAAAGUAGGGAGGGGAAGACAGCGAGGGAUGUUGCGGCGGAGAAGAAGUGGGUGGAUGGAGUUGGGUACCUGGAGAGGAUGGCCACCAGGGACAAUUCGUGAGUUAGUUGGGGGGUCAUGGCACGGUGUUUUGUUAUGGACGUGGGUGGGGGAGGAGUAUGUUGGGGCAAAAGUUAAUCAGUUUUAUCGCGAUAUUCGUAGUUAAUAAUAGUGGGUACAACAUGAUAAUAUUAUUAUGUUA